AUGUCUGAGAUGUCUGAGAUGCCUGAGUGCAUUCUCUUACCCGCGCUUUCUGCGUCAGUCGCUGAGCUGGAUGCUCGUGCUACAGGCACCUUCUGCUCGCCCUACCACCUGACUGAGCAAAUCCUCAAGCUCAGCAGCUGGUACAUCGAGCUGAGCAAGAAGAAGACCCUGUUCGGAAAGUACACCGUCGACCCCUACACCCCCAGCCUCGAGACUCUCUUCAACCGCCUGCAUGACAAGCAGCUGGCUCCCAGCCUACUUCCAUCUGGAUUCAUCCACGUCGACCGUCUCAACGAACGCAGCGAGCUGCGCGUUGAAGGUGAGGCUGCCGAACGCCCGCUCUACGAGUAUGAGGAUCUGUUCUAUGCACUCAACGCACGCAUGCAAGAGAUGCAUCAGCUGUUGAACCUUCGCCUUCACAGUGGCUUCAACACCAUCACCGACGAGGUCUACGAGGGUGGUCCCAACAUUGUGCUGUUUCACGAGAAGCUCUCAAACCACUGGACUUCGCUCAACAAGUCUAGCUGUGGUAAGGCGCUCGACAACGCGGUUCGCGAGGCGAGGGUCAUGGCACUCCGUCAAGAGCUCGUCUGGCAGAUGGACAACGACCAAAUCACCCGCGCCGACGCCGAAAUCAUGGGAGUCAAGCUCUACUGCCCCGAAGUCUUCGAUAACGUCACCGGUCUCACUUACAUCCUUGACUGGGCCCCUAUCAUGGUCGGUGCGUACCUCGAGGCAAAGUACCGCCGCAUGCUCGACCACGAGCAGCAAGAAGCUGCCAUCGAAGAGCGCCGUAAGCGUCGUGUCGCUAGGAUUAUAAGCAUGCGCCAGGCCCUCAACGCUGGUGUACCCAAUGUCGUCUCUCCUCGUAGCCGCAAGAGCUCUACUCGUCGCAAGAGCGCUACUCGCAACAAGAACUCUACCCGCAGCAAGAGCGCUACUCGUCGCGAGAGCUCUACUAGCCGCGUCUGCCUUGGGCCCCCCAAGACGUUCUACGGAGAGACGUGCUACCCAGACAAGUACCUCGCCAGCCUCCAAACCAUCCCCAGCCCCACCACGUUCAACAUGCAGUAUGCCAAAGACCAGGCUACCAUGCAGAACUCUCCCGAGUGCACUGCUCAGCUCCACGCCGGCAGCCACCACCAAGAGCACUCUGCCGUCAUCUUCGACGUCGAGGCUGAGGAGAAGCUUGAGUACGAGCGUCAGGAGCGUGCUAUCGUUGAGCGCCAGAUCGCAGAGGAGCGUGAGGCACGCGAGGACCUCGAGAUGAUGCUCGCGUGGAAGGCCAAGAUGGAACGUGUACUGGAGUAUAGUGACUAUCUCCGUGCCAACGCUAGUGCCGACGCAAAGUAUGCUGUCCAGAGCACCCGCGUUAGAGCCGUGCAUCCCUCUCUGCUAGGGCAAUACAAUGGCGCUCCCUUCUACAAGCAGGACAUCGACUUCGAGCCCUAUGGUGGCGAGUGGUAA